AAAAUGAAGGUGUUAUUUGCCAGGUCACCCAGACAAUGCCGAGGAGCUGUGGUGUUGCCACUUCGUGCCAGGUUUGCAACUUCAUGUCUCAUGAAAAGUGCCUCAAGAAUGUCAAGAUACCAUGCUCGUGUAUUGCUCCCAGCCUUGUAAGGGUUCCAGUUGCACACUGUUUUGGGCCUCCAGGACAUUACAAGAGAAAGUUUUGCACUGUGUGCAGAAAGUCACUAGAGUCACCUGCCUUUCGAUGUGAAGUUUGUGAGCUACAUGUGCACACAGACUGUAUCCUGUUUGCUUGCAGUGACUGCCGGCAGUGUCACCAGGACGGGCACCAGGACCACGAUACUUACCACCACCACUGGAGGGAGGGAAACCUUUCUUCCAGCGCUCGAUGUGAAGUUUGCAAAAAAACCUGUGGCUCUUCGGAGGUGCUCUCUGGCAUGAGAUGUGAAUGGUGUGGCAUCCUGGCUCAUGCUGCUUGCUACAUAAUUGUCACACCAGAAUGUACUUUUGGAAGAUUAAGGAAUAUGAUUCUUCCUCCAAGCUGUGUGCAGUUAUUUUCUCGCAACUUCAGCAAACUGCAUUGUUUUCGAAUAUCAGAAAACUUGCAAACAGAAUCAGAUGAAGAUGAUGAUGUUGAUGGCUCAACACAGGGAUCAGCAAAAGAUGUCCAAAUUUCAACAGAUUCAAGUAAACAAACAUUAAAGAUAUUUGAUGGGAAUGAUGCAGUGAAACGCAAUCAAUUUCGACUGAUUUCAGUUCCAAGGAUUGCAAAAAAUGAAGAAGUUGUGGAGGCUGCUUUGAGGGCAUACUACAUAAACGACGACCAGCAGGAGUAUGAGCUUCAGACUUUUACACAGCAGGCGCUGCUGUCUGAGGAUGUUAUCAACAGGAACGAUGCUGCAGAGGACAGCAACUUGGGCUCGGUAUUCCGAGAAUCCGUUCCUGAAGCUUGGAUCAUCAGAGCCAAACCAAAGGAUGAGGAAGUGAUCAGAAUUUAUCCUGCCUGGCUGAAGGUGGGAAUGGCAUAUGUUUCUCUACGAGUGAAUAAAGAUAGCACUACGCAGACUGUGAUCAAAGAAGUGCUUCCAUUACUUGGAAGGCAGAUGGAUUGCCUCCAGAAUUUCAAAUUGGUGGAAGUGCUUAUGGGCAGUAAGCAAGUUCAGCGCAUGGUCUUGGACAACCAGGAGCUGAUUCUUAACAGACUCAAGGACAUAAGAAAGACUUCAAUACGUCAGAUGAAUCAAACAAGGUUUUACAUUGUGGAAAACAGUAAAUCCAUUGUACGAGUAAAUUUAUUUGUUGGUGGCCUUCCACCUCAGCUUUCCCCUGAAGAAUACACAAAUAUUCUCAAGGAUGAAUUAGCUAUCAAAACAAAUGUAGUAUCUGUGACUCAUGUUUAUCAAGCACAAGGUGCUGUUGUACUCGAAAUUUCAUGCUUUUCUGAAGCUGAAAGAAUAUAUAUGCUAGUUAAAGAUACAACUGUCAAUGACAAGCCUCUGAAUGCUGUGGUGAUUCCUGAAGUUAUGGCUUCCAAGAUACCACGGAACUGCUGCCCACUUCUUGUGUUUGUGAAUCCAAAAAGUGGUGGUCUAAAAGGUCGGGAUCUGCUGUACAGUUUUAGAAAGCUGCUAAACCCACAUCAGGUCUUUGAGCUUACCAACGGUGGCCCACUGCCUGGGUUCCACACCUUCUCUAAAGUCCCCUCCUUCCGCGUGCUGGUGUGUGGGGGGGACGGGACCGUCGGCUGGGUCCUGGGUGCGCUGGAGGAGAUCAGGCACAAGCUGGUGUGCUCAGAGCCCUCGGUGGCCAUCCUACCUUUAGGAACAGGUAAUGACUUAGGGAGGGUCUUGCGCUGGGGAGCUGGCUACAGUGGGGAGGACCCCUACUCCAUUUUGGUUUCUGUGGAUGAGGCAGACGACGUUCUCAUGGAUCGCUGGACUAUCCUUUUGGAUGCAGAGGAGCCAGCUGAAGGCGCAGAGAAUGGGGUUGCAGAACCUGAGCCUCCAAAGAUUGUACAGAUGAACAAUUACUGUGGUCUUGGCAUUGACGCAGAGUUGAGCUUGGACUUCCAUCAUGCUAGAGAAGAGGAACCAGGGAAAUUUAAUAGCAGGUUUCACAACAAAGGAGUUUACGUGAAAGUUGGGCUGCAGAAGAUAAGUCAUACCAGAAACCUUCACAAAGACAUAAAGCUUCAAGUGGACCAGCACGAGGUGGAGUUGCCGAGUAUAGAAGGACUCAUUUUUAUCAACAUACCCAGCUGGGGGUCCGGAGCCGAUCUCUGGGGGUCUGAGAGCGAUAACCGCUUUGAGAAACCACGCAUUGAUGACGGCCUGCUAGAAGUUGUUGGUGUGACCGGCGUCGUGCACAUGGGUCAAGUCCAAGGUGGUUUUCGAUCAGGAAUCCGCAUAGCCCAAGGCUCGUAUUUUCGUGUAACACUCCUAAAGCCAAUUCCAGUUCAAGUUGAUGGAGAGCCCUGGAUUCAGGCCCCUGGCCAGAUUAUUAUUUCUGCUGCAGGACCAAAGGUUCAUAUGUUGAAAAAAUCCAAGCAGAAGCAGAAAAAAACUGGAAGCCUGAAAGAGAUGAGAGUGGAUAGUAUGUCAGGCUCUGAAGGAGGACGCUAAGCAGAGACCCAUGCUCAGAAGCGAUGCCGCGCUCCUGCUGUAGAUGCCAAGAUGGUUCAGUACAAUCGAGUGCAGACAGCCAGUGGAGAGGGUUUUAGCUUAUGAGCGUGCCUUUCAUUACAUUUUGAUAGUACUGGGUUCUCCUUCGUCUUUCAGAGAUAGUGCCUCGUUGUUAAAAAUAACUGUUAGGUACCAUUUGUCUCAUCUGAAAUGUUUGCUUUGGGUUGCUUUUCCGUAAGCCAUUUCCCGUUUUUUCAUAUAUAUAGAAACUGAAGCCAAACAGAGAUUCCAAGAUGCUGAGAUUUCUGCAUUUACCUUCACAAAGACUCUUCCCCUCCUCACAGCUUCUUCUUAAAGAAAAUCAUUCCACAGACAAAUUUUGAUGUAUUUUCCAAAAAUGAAAAUGUGUUCCUUUAAAUUAAUGCUCACAGUAGCCUCCUAACCAAAAAAAGGCACAGACAUGAGCUGCUGAGAACUCCUUGGAUCAGUUCAAAUAGCACAGCUGAAACAGUACUACCGUAAAGAGAAAAAUACAAAACACAGGAGAGAUUAUUUCUAUAAAAGGAGCCCUGUGCACUGGGAAGAGAGAAAGUACUAGAACAGUUGACUCAAAAUAUUUCAAGAGAGUUUACUUCAGCAGUAUUUGGACAGUAUGAAUGAAGGGCAAACAGCUUGUAGAGCAAGUUUUCAGCUGCAGCUUAGUUUCUCUUAUAUUAUUCAGCCAAAGCCCGUUUUAAAAGACCUUUGAAUUUCAGCAGCUACCACUCUAACAUAAAAAAGGAACAGAAUACCCGAGGCAGUAUUACAUUACACAGCUUUUUGUCUAUCAUUGAAACCAUUAUCUUUGACACCAGGCUUUUCUGCUUGUCUUUACUUGUGCUGUUUCAUUUUCAUUAAUUUGUCACAGUUGGACUGUUGUUUAACAGCAAGCUCAAAGACUAAAAGAAUUACCACUUAUUAGGAUAAAAGAAGUAUCAUUUAGUGUUCAUUUAAGUAAAUUAGCAAAGUCAUAUACUAGAGCUGAGCUGAAGUGCAGUGUAGCCUUGCUGAGGAGCCCUAGGAGGUAUUGAAGCCUAUCAUGUGCAUAUAACAUGCUGUAGGCUUCAGGUAACUGGGAAUGCAAUGCUGUCAUGAAAACUCACUUACCUGGUCAGCCUUCUCAAGUCCUUGGUGGGUGUUGUUAGCAGGUGUGGGCCCAGGGACAGAGUGACUGUCUUUUCUCACUUGGAUGAGCUCUUCAGAGGCUGCUCCUGUGUCAGCUCCUGUGAGACCGAGAUCACCUCUCUGUGCUUACCCAUCUGCUGAGGAUCCAGUACUUCUCCUACAGCUUCCUGCUAGAGACUGGCGCUAUAGCAGUCUUGUAUUUCCUGAGAGGGUAUGCCCUCUCGGGAUGGAGCUCACCAAUUAGAGAGGAAAUCUGAAAUAGAUUGCUGCUUAUGACUGUCCAGAGCAGACGUGCUGGUCCUGUCAUACACUACUUGUAUCUGCUGUCCAUGGCCAUAGUUGUAUUAGUCUUCGCUCAGUUCCCUGCUGGUCUCAUCUUCCCGUGGUCCUCAAGCGAACCUUUCACUUCAAGUCAGCAUCAUACUCAAGGAGCCCUGAGCCAGCUGUGGUGCAGUUUUGCCACUUGUAUGCACCUGCCACUUGGAGCUCCUUGAGCCGUGUUGGCCAGAGCCCCACUCAGGUAGCCAGUGGGCUUACUUGUCCUCUAUUGCAUGGCAAUAGCUGAUUGAGCUAUGGAUGGCAUGAAUUCAUCACUCAAAUGGCAGCUUUAGGAGCAUUUCUCUUGCCCAUGUGUCUACAAAAACAUCUCCAGCCGCUUCAGAAGACUUCAGUGUAGCUUUGAAAUAUGCAAAAGCCAUUUUGUGUUGGAGCCAGUUACGUGCUGAGGCAGUUCUUGGUGGGUCUUGUUGAUCAGUCUGUACUCGAAGCACAGUUCUUCAGCAACACCUGAUCAUUGCCUGUGCUUUUUGCUUUCCAGUUGUGGUGCAGAUGAGGGUGUGAACGUGGCUUGCAAGACAGUCAUCUGUAGCCACAGAAUGAUACAGCUAAAGCUGUAAACAGAGACAAAACAGCCGUGCAAAAAUGGCAGCCCUCUGCAGCCUCUUCUUCCUGUCCCGUGGUUCCUUCUGUUCUUACUGUUCUGGUAGAGAUGCAUUUGGAGGACAGACUCCUGUUUUCAAUGAGGCUUGUUCAAAUUGUUAAUUUAAUUUUAGGGAUGUUCUUGAGCUGCCACCAUGUGGACUAAAAUGUAUCGUUUUAAUCCACAUGCGAACUGGACUCAUGCUAUGAAGGAGUUAGUGUGGAUAGUACAGAGCUGAAAUGCUCAUCUCCUGAUCUUUAAACACAGGGUUGUCUCCGCUACAGAACCUGGGCAUGAAGGGUCCGCUCUUCGGGCAUCCUGCUACCAGCAUUACAAGUAGGAAGGGUGAAGUCUUGUACUUCAGGGUAUGCCCUCUCAGGAUGGAGCUCUCAAAUUAGAGAGGAAAUCUGAAAUAGAUUGCUGCUUAUGACUGUCCAGAAGGCCAGAGAAACUGCUUUGUGCCCUCAGGGCAGCAGAAAGAAUGCAUGGUCUUCUUUCCAAUUGCUGACUCGGUAAUGGAGAGGAAAAUUUGACUUUUUGUUAGAGAAAGCAUGCGUAAGCUUUAAGCUUGCUGGUACUGACCAACUUCCAUAGUGAGGGAGGAGAUGCAGGCUCGUUGCUGUCCUUAGUGCACUCCUCCAUCCUCUCUCCGCUGCCCAGCCCUCUCACCGUGCCUGUAACCCAUGGCAGGCACCGACAGCACAGCCAGCAUCUCCUGCUGAGGUACCCACUCCUGGCCCUUUACUAGUGUCCUACGAGGCUUUGCCAGCAAAGGGCCCCAAAAAUCAUGGUGUGUUCCAAAUACCCCACUAUUGCAGACAAGAGAAGGUGGCCAGUUGGUUGAGAUCUGGUUUGAGGGGUGAACACAUUGCCUCUGUCUUGAGUUAGGAGAACUGAACGUCAGACGCUCAUCCCUGAGAUACAGGUGCUACUUCAGAAAAUUUGCUGCUUUUUUCUCCAUGGCUUUUACACUUGAUCUGUAUAGUUUAAACUGCUGCUGUUUUCAUUGCAUUGAUUUUUGAAUGAAACAGUGUUAUUUUGCCAAAAUUUUUUGUUUACGUAUAUAUGUGUGUGUGUAGAUGUAUGUGUAUGCAUACAUAUGCACAUACCCUUUGGCCUUACUCUGUUUGCUUUCACGGUGCCUCCUUGUGCAGCUUCUGCUGCGUUGCAGCAUUCUGAGAGCACUCACUUCUGGAUCGUUCUCUCACCGGUUUCAGGCAGGAGGCAGAGCUUGCUUUCUUAUUGGUCCCACUGAGGUUCUCAGCACAUAUUUCUAAUGGACUUGUCCUUUCCAGCGAGACACGAUGGCAAUAUAGUGAAAGCACAACUGCGCUUACAGUACAGCUUCUGCACGCGUACAGCUUGAACUCCUCUUGCUCUUUCUAGAUUUUAAUGAGGUCUGUGUGCAUCUAAAAUCAAUGGCAAUAGCUGUUGUAGCAUUUUAAAAACUAGAAGCUGUAGCAUAGCCCACUGCAAGACUUAAAUAUGGAACAAAGCUAAAUGAACCAUUAUAUAAUUGUUCAUUAAUCUUCAUAGUUACCCUCUUAAAAGUAUUGUACAGGUUGCAUUUCUUUAAAGAGCAAAUAAUGUGCUUGUUAUGAACAUCAGCUCUUUGGAAUCGCGAAGCGUUUAUGCGUGCACGUCACUCAGCAGCAGUCUGUUGGCAUACGAUGGGUCAUUAUCAAAUGAAGCCUCGUCUUGUGGGAGGAGAAGGUAAGAGGAGCUGUUGAGACACUUCAGAAGGACUUAACGUUGAAGACACAACAGAUUUAGCUAUGCAGGUGUUUUACAACGUCCUGCCCGUGUGAGCAGGCGUGCCCUGUGCUGCACGGGCACCAGUCCCAGCUCUGGCACUGAGACUGGGGGAGCACUGGAGUUGUGCACCCAGGGACCUGGCAGUAGAUGUUCUUUCAGUCUGCGCCUCGUACCUCUUCCAUACAACCUUCACAGUAACUGCAUUUUCCUCUACUGCCAGGCUGGCUUCCUGCCCUUUGGUCCCAGCUUUGUACUGGAACUGGUAACAAAGGUACGAGCACAUGGUGGUGAAUCUGUGUGGAGAGCAGGGAAUGGAGAAACCUGCUCUCAAACAUCACCCUGGCUAUUGGGCUUAGACCGGUCAUUGAUUUCUACUAACUCAGCCAUUUAACAUCUGUGCGGCCAAGACUUGGCAACUACUGAACUAUCUUGGAUUCAUGGUGAUGGCAUUGCCUCAUUUUCAGGCUUUGAUCUUAUAUGCACCACUGCAUGUAUCACUUCAUAUACUUUUUGCACUUAACAGAAAAUGCAGGUUAGAUACGCUUAAGAGUGUGGCAAAAUUGCAAUGUUUGUACUUUUUUGUAAAUAUGGGGAUGAUUCUACAGAUACAAAGAUGCACUUUCAGGUAACAAUGGAAACAAGUUUGUUGUAGACUGCAACUGUUGAGUUUCUCUGACUGCAGCGUUCCUUUGUCCCAUCCAUCUCUUAAUACUGUGUUCUCCUUGAAAACCGGUCGGGGAUGAGAGAUGGUAUCUUCCUUCCAUCGCAGUAUGUAUUUAUAGCUGACUGACUGAAAGUUCACAUGUAUUUUUAAACAAUUACAAAUUGGCUGCUAUUCUAAGGUGUAGGUUUAUUAGGCUGAUUUUAUAGUGCAUAGAAGUAAUGUUGAAGUUUUAUUUAUAAUGUCAACAUUUAUGAUUUGACACUUGGCUUGUAGGAGAGAUCCAGCUCAAAGCCUUUGUUCGUUUUGCUAUUUAAUGUAUAUUUUUUUUAACAGUGUAGCCAUUGUAUGUGUGGAAUACAGUGAAAUGAAUGCAAAUUACUAAUCUUAACCUGCAGUUAGACCAGCAGUUUCAGUGUUUACAGGACAGUGACUAUUGAUUGUAAACCCAUACACGUCGGUGAAUGAAACAGUGCACUCUUUCUGUGUUUUGGAAGCAUUGAUUCUGCUUCCCGUGACAAUUAAUGAAGUAGUUGCCUUCUGGUUUAGAUUCAUGGUUAUGCCCCUUUGGAGAGAUUUAAAUGUGGAUUAUGACUUUUCUGCCAUGGACUCAUACGACAGAAUUUCUACUGAUAGAAGUGUUGUAUUGAACAUGAUUUCUGAAAGAUUGACUUUAUUUUUUGCGAAGAUAAUUUAUGAGAAAGUUUUAUAAGCAGAUCUGUGUUGUUGAAGAAGUUGGUCUGAAGUCUUGAAAUAAAUGUGUGUAGAUAUUAAGAUGUAUCCCAAAGCAAAGUAUUUUUUAACAGGGCACUGUUACUGGUGUAGUGACCCCUCCGAGCUCUCCUAGCAACGCACCCAUUUAACACGUCACUGUGCACAGCUCAAGUGUGUUAUUUAGGAGAUGACUUGAUUUCAGAAGAUGUGGCUUCAUUUACAUUGUGCGUAUCCCGUACGACACCUCUGGCAGCAACUCCUGAUCUGUAGACAUCAGCUGCAGGAGGCAGAACUCUUCCCCCACGCGGGUCACUGCAGGCUGAAGAGCAGAGAGCCCGCCCUUGGCCUGGCUGCAGGAAGGUGAGGAGCCCGGUGCCUGUCUGGCACUGACAGUCCUCUCUCACUGUCCCGGGGGUGCCACCCAUCGGUCCUUUUGCUUUCGGGAGGAAGGCAGGCGCAAAUCGACAUGGGCCUGUGUCCAGCAGUUCACAGCUUGCCUCGCCGUGGCAUCCCUUCCUUUGUGCUGCUGAUCUUGCCAAAUUGGGUAGCAAGAGGUGCUUGAAGAAUUACUGAGUAUUUAUUGUGUAAUUUUAGGUGCUUAUAAAAGCCUUCACUGCUAUUUUAAAGCAAAAUUCUGGGGAUCUGUAGCAUAGCAAUAGCUGUAUAACUCCAGCUUUCUGAACAUGCCAAAAGCAAGUUAUCCUUGGGAUAGUGUAAUUAGCAAUGGUGUAGAUAGUAGCAAUCAAUACCUUGAAGCUGCAAGUUCUGAUUAUUGGAAGGGACCAUCUCUGCUUUCAAUGCAAAGCAUCACAGAGUUUGUAAUUCGCUAUAGAUUUCAGCGUCCCUCCUGUUAUGAACCACCCACGACGUCUUAACUCUUCUCAAACUAUGGCUUAACUAUUGCUUAAAUAACUGUUUUUUCACCUCUGGUUAUUUACAUCAUCCAACUUCAAGCAGUUUUAUGAAUGCCAUUUUAAUAUCAAGAUACUCUAAGAUGUCUUAUAGCGUUUCUUGUGAAUGUUCUAAUACAUUGGUAAUAAAUUAUCUUGGGCCAACAAGCUAAGGCAAGAUGAUCAUUGAACAGUUAUCGUCUAGUGCUUAUUCUUUGUGCAUCUGCCUAAUAAUUCUAAGGAAAAAAAAAAAGCCUAUGUAAGCAUUAAAGUGGUUGAAAACUGUUUCCACAUAGUGUGCCUCAAACCAGUAAUGCUUUAUCACACAUGUUUACUUGUGAAUUGGUCUCAGAAACAGGCUUUUAAUGAUGUAACGUGUUUCUCAGUGUCUGCCUUGCAAAUGAGACACGUCACUAUGCUGUGGUAACUUGUCUACAAAUAACAUAUCUAGUGUACUAAUUGGUUUUAAAAAAGUAAUUUAUAAAAAAAUGGACUCUCUCUUAUAUUUCAUCUGUUUGUCCUUUGGUUAUGUUCCUAGAACAAUUCUGUAUAUAUUUUGCAAUAUGUGUUUUGUGUUUAAUUCAAUUCAACUGUACAUUUUGCACUGAUUUGAAGUUCUGUAUUCUAAGUAUUAUUUACAAGUUCCAGAGAUCUGUAACUAGAAUUUGUCUGUGAAAAAAUACAACAUCUCUUCUACCCUGGA